UAAUAUGUAUCAAACAUUGGAAAGAUAACAACAAACUUCGAUAUUUUCUUAAAAGAUUUAUUUUAGAAUAUGAAAUUUAUGUAACAAUUUAUCAAAUAUUUUAAAAAAUUUAUAUAAAAAUUCUUCUGUUUUAAUUAUGUCUUCGGAUAUAAUAAACAAAUCCAAAGAGGAUUGUACUGAAGAUAAACUAGAUAAUGGAAAAUUAAAGAUGAGGAAGGAGAAAGUUUAUCAAACAAAAGUUGUUAUUCGCAGACUUCCUCCUACAAUGACAGAAGAACAAUUUAUGGAUCAAAUUUCUCCAAUUCCUGAGAAUGAUUAUUUACAGUUUGUUAAGGCAGAUAUGAGCCUUGGCCAACAUGCUUUUUCACGAGGUUAUAUCAACUUUUUAAAUCCCAAUGAUAUAUUUAUUUUCAAAGAUAAAUUUGAUGGUUACAUGUUUCUUGAUAAUAAAGGAAAUGAAUUCCCAGCUGUUGUGGAAUUUGCACCAUUUCAGAAGAUUCCAAAAAGAAAAAAUAAAAAGAGAGAUGCAAAAUGUGGAACAAUUGAUCAAGAUCCUGAUUACAUAAAAUUUCUUGAGACUGUACAGAAUCCAGAACAAGUUAUACUUCCAUCUGCAGAAAAUUAUCUUGAAAUGAUAGAAUCACGAGAAAGAGAAUUAAAAGCAAACAAUGGUAUACCUAAAAUUACAACUCCACUUAUUGAAUAUCUAAAACAAAGAAAGCUGGAACAACAGAAAAUAAGGGAAGAAAAAAGAGAAGAACGUAAAAGAAGAGAAAUGGAAAAGAGAAGAUUAAGAGAAGAAGAAAGGAGAAGAAGAAAAGCAGAAAAAGAUAAAGAAAAAGACAAAUGCAAGGAGAAAAAAGAGGGCUCUUUAGAAAAAGAAACUUUUAAAGAACCUGAAAAAUCUUCAAAAGUAGAUGAAACAAAAGAUUCUGAAACUGUAAUUGUGAAGCAGGUUUUAAGAAAUCCAGAACGGGAAAGAGAGAGAGAUAAAGAUAUCCAAGGAUAUGGACAUCUUUCACAAAAGCAUAAAGAUACUUCUACAUCUUCAAUUAUGACAAAACCUUCCAGAGACAGAGAUAGAGGAAGGAAAGAAUGGGAAAGACAACGAGAAAGAGAGCGAGAAAGACAAAGACUUAGAGAAAGAGAAAGGCCACGUACUUCAAGUAUUCGUGACAAAUUGAGAAAAGAUAAGGAUGAUUACAGAAGUUGCACCAGUGAAUCCGGACACAAGUCAGAAAAUAUACAAGAAAAAAAUAAUUUAAGUCAUAUUGGUUUGUCAGAUCACGGAAAAUUUAGUAAUAGAGACAGAAUGGAAAGAAUGAGUGAAAGACGAUCUAGUUUUGACGAAGAUAGAUAUAAUGUAUCUGAAUGUAAUGAAAAGAAAAAGAGUUAUACAAACUCUAGAGAUUUUGAUGUAGGUACUGUUGGCGAUGAUGAUUUUAAUGAUAGCAAAGACACAAGAAGAUCCACAGACGAUUCAAAGGAUCCACGAGUAGAGAGACGUAUCAGAAAUAAGGAUCGUCCGUCUCUCGAAAUCUACCGUCCCGGGAUGAGACGUUUAAACACCCAGAGGAAUACAUCACAGAAGGAAGUAUCAACAUCUGCAAGUAAUUCUUCCACUCCCAGCCCCAGUCCCACUCCGAGUAGUCAGAGUAUUAUAUCGUCUACAAAAAAAGUUAGCAGCGAAUGGAGCAGAACUCGUUCACAACCAUCAGAGAAUAAAGUAACUGCAUCUGGAAUACAAGACAUAAAUAAAAAGAAAGAAAAGGGAAAAGAAGUUAAUUCAAAUGUGGCAGAACUGGAUAAGACUGACGAAGAAACAUGAAUUUCUGCAAAAGUGAAUUUUGAAAUUUUAAAUUAUAUAUCUUGUUUAACAUGCUGUAAAUAUUUGGGAUAUUGUAUUACUGCCCGUGUUAAACAGACAUCCCCCGAAAAACUUUUGAUUGCCAAAUUUCAAUUCUUAUCCGAUACCCAAAAACAGGUAUUUCAUGUCGAAUGUGAAAUUACAAAACCAUUGAUUUUCUAAAUGUUUUUUUUAAAAUAAAUGAAUGAAAAUAAGUUAUUUAUUGAAUUGCAAAAUAAAUGUCAGAUU